CGGUGCGCGGAGCGGAGCGGUGCCUGCCGCAACCUGCCGGCCCUGCAGCCCGCGGCGGGCCGGGGGCGGAUCCGCCGCCGUGAGCCUCCCCCUCCGCUUCCCCGUGCGCCGGGAGGGGCGGCCGGCGCCCGCCCCCCGCGUUCCCCCCGCCCCGCCGCGGAGCGGCGAGGCGGCGGCGGCGGCUCCGGGCGGGGCGGGGCGGCGGCCGGCGGGGCAUGCCCCGUCCGCGCAGCGCAGCAGCGGCCCCGCGCCCCGCGGCGCAGGCAGGCGGAGGCGGCGGCGGAGGCAGGCGCGCCGGUGCCGGUGCCGCAGGGCUGCCGGCCCCGCAGCGCUCCCCGGCCCCGCGGCCGCCCCGGAGCCCCGGCGCGGGUGCCCUGCGCGGGGCAUGAAGUUGCGGCGGCGGCAGCGCGGCGGCGGGCGGGGCGGGGCGGGCGGCCCCGGCGGCGCGCGCUCUGCGGGGCCGUAGCCCCGGGCGGGCUCGGCGGCGGCUCGGCCAGCGGUGCCGGUCCUCGGCGGCGCCCCCAGCCCCCCCCCCCUCACCCCCGCGUCGAGCCCGGGGCCGGGCCGGGGCGCGCAGCCCCCCGCGCUGCGGCGGCGUGGGAUGUGCGCGCCGCGGCCCGCCCCCCCCUAGCCCCUGCAGGCAGCGCGGCGGCCGGCGGAGCCCCCCGGGAAGUUUGAUGGCUUCUUUGAGGAGAGUCAAAGUCCUGCUGGUGUUAAACUUGAUCGCGGUGGCUGGCUUCGUCCUCUUCCUGGCCAAGUGCAGACCCAUCACGGCCAAGAGCGGCGACUCCUUCCAUGACAUCCAUCCCAGGGCAGAAGUGGUCAACCUGACAGCCCGCGGCAUCAGCUCCAUCCAGGAUGCGGUGUUGAAGAGACUCUCCCUCCUGGAGGACAUCGUCUACAGGCAGCUGAACGGUCUGUCCAAGUCACUUGGUCUCAUUGAAGGCUAUGGUGGACGUGGUAAAGGUGGGCUUCCAGCCACCCUGUCCCCUGAGGAGGAGGAAAAAGCAAAGGGACCACAUGAGAAAUAUGGCUACAACUCCUACCUCAGUGAGAAAAUUUCACUGGAUCGCUCCAUACCAGAUUAUCGUCCAACCAAGUGCAAAGAGCUGAAAUACGGCAAGGACCUACCCCAGAUCUCCAUCAUCUUCAUCUUCGUGAACGAAGCACUCUCUGUUAUCCUGCGGUCAGUGCACAGCGCGGUUAAUCACACGCCAGCUCACCUCCUGAAGGAGAUUAUCCUUGUGGAUGACAACAGCGAUGAAGAGGAACUGAAGGCACCGCUAGAAGAAUACGUCAAUAAACGGUACCCAGGCCUUGUGAAGGUGGUGCGCAACCAGAAGAGGGAAGGCCUUAUCCGAGCUCGUAUUGAAGGCUGGAAAGCUGCCACUGGCCAGAUCACUGGGUUCUUUGAUGCUCACGUGGAAUUCACUGCUGGCUGGGCUGAGCCGGUGCUUUCACGAAUUCAGGAAAAUCGGAGAAGGGUCAUUCUUCCCUCCAUAGACAACAUCAAGCAGGACAACUUCGAGGUGCAGCGGUACGAGAACUCUGCCCAUGGGUACAGCUGGGAGCUGUGGUGCAUGUACAUCAGCCCCCCCAAGGACUGGUGGGAUGCCGGAGACCCCUCACUGCCCAUCAGGACACCGGCGAUGAUUGGUUGCUCAUUUGUGGUGCACAGAAAAUUCUUUGGAGAGAUUGGGCUUCUCGAUCCUGGGAUGGAUGUGUACGGAGGGGAGAACAUAGAACUCGGCAUCAAGGUGUGGCUGUGCGGUGGCAGCAUGGAGGUCCUGCCCUGCUCCAGGGUGGCUCACAUUGAGCGCAAGAAGAAGCCCUACAACAACAACAUCGGUUUUUACACCAAGCGCAAUGCUCUGCGCGUGGCCGAGGUGUGGAUGGACGACUACAAAUGGCAUGUUUACAUUGCGUGGAACCUGCCGCUGGAGAAUCCAGGUAUUGACAUUGGGGAUGUUUCUGAGAGAAAAGCGUUAAGGAAGAGCUUGAAGUGUAAAAAUUUCCAGUGGUACCUGGACCACGUUUAUCCAGAGAUGAGAAGAUACAACAACACCAUUGCUUAUGGCGAGCUUCGAAACAACAAGGCGAAAGAUGUCUGCCUUGACCAGGGCCCACAGGAGAACCACACAGCAAUAUUGUACCCGUGCCACGGCUGGGGACCGCAGCUUGCACGCUACACCAAGGAGGGAUUCCUUCAUCUCGGGGCCCUCGGGACCACGACUCUUCUGCCCGAUACCCGCUGCCUGGUAGAUAAUGUGAAAAGCCGCUUCCCUCAGCUCCUCGAUUGCGAGAAGGUCAAGAGCAGCCUCCAUAAGCGCUGGAAUUUCAUACAGAAUGGUGCCAUCCUGAACAAAGGAACGGGACGAUGCUUGGAAGUGGAGAACAGGGGAAUGGCCGGCAUUGAUCUGAUUCUUCGCAGCUGCACAGGACAAAGAUGGACAAUUAAAAAUUUCAUCAAGUAAAGGGCAGAAGAGUGAGAGGAGUUUGACUCAAAGCACGGCUGACUUGGACUGAUCUGACUGGACUCCUUUGGAAAGGACGAAAUAUCAAAACAGAGCUUUAUUCGUGUUAUUAGGAGAGGACAUGGGGGAAAGGGGCAUUUGUGUCUUUUUAUUUUUAUUGUGUAUUAGUCUCCCACAGCUGAUUCCAACUGUGUGAAAUUGGGUCAGAACUGCUAUUUUCUUCUGGCAAGCACUCUAAAAGGUACCACUUAUUUCUGCUGGAAUGACUGUAAUAAGCUCAUGCAGUCUUGUGAGCAUUUUACUGACAGGGAAUUGUUGCUUUCCCAGACAACCCCACGCUCUCCCAGAGGGCCGGGUAGGUUUGCGCCGCAAUGGGAGUCGAGAGACCCUGGCUAUAUCUGCCUGGCAAGCACGAAAACUUACAUGCUUGUGAGAGGAGAACAUUGCCGAGCCCCAAAUGAGCUGAGUUUGAAAGAUGUGGUGUUUUGGUAGGUCCUCCCUCCUCUUCCUUUCUUGCCCCUACAUCCAGCAGCCCCUUUCUUGAAUCUGGGAGAGGCAAAUCUCACCCGCAGUAGCUCCCAUGGAUCUUUCCAACCCUUAAUCACAGAUGCCAUCAAGCAAAAUUCUGUUGAAUAAAACCAGUGAUCUCCCAUCGUCUCCUCUCCACCGCCCACGCGCUGCUGUUGGCCCAGCCAGCCCCGUGCAACACCAGUCCCUCCCACGGAGGCUCCAGACAGGUUUUCCUUGGAAAAGACCUGGGAUGUCUGCCUGCCUGUUGGGGCACUUGCCUGCCCUUGCAGGUGGCAGUCAGACUGACGCGUAGCGCGUAAGGCUUGGGAGAUGCCUCCUGCCCCACAGGAGCCUGGGCAGCUGCAGAGCUACCAUGCCCUCCCGGCAGGGCUCUCAGCCUGGCACUGUCCCUUUGGAGACUCACCUUUACCCUUUUUUUGCUCUUUUCUUGUUGAAGUGAGGAUGGAUGCGCUGGUGAGUGCAGCAGGCUGAGAGCAGGCAACAUGAGAGAAAGUCCUGCUCGGGCUUCCCUCCCGUGGAGGCUGUAGGGUUUGGUUUAAGGCAUCCUUGCUCUGAACAAAGACAUCAGUAACGGUAGUCUCAUAACUUGGUAGCAGUGUUCUCCUCCUGAGGCUCAAGCCCACCUAAUCCCACCUGGUCAGUGUGUGACUGUGGUGAAGGUCCACCCCAAACUGCAUGUUGGUGCGGACCUUCAUGAGCUGUGGUGAAUUGAGGAAGGGAGAGGGAGGGCAAGAGACCCAUAAAUUCUUGACUUUGCAGUCACUUGAGGCUUGUUAAUAUGGUGGGGCGAACUCAUCUGCUUUUUUUGGCCUGCAGUCAUCUUGGCUACCAUAUCUACCCAGGCAUCAUGGGAGACCAUUGGUUUGAGGUCCUGAUGUCUGGCUACCUGGAAAAGGGAAACGUGGUCUUGUAAAGUUGCUUUACAACAGAUGCUAGACUAAUGGGUGGAUACAGGCUUUGCUCAGUGGAAAGGAGAAGCCAGCCCAUCUCCUGUCCUUCUCUUUCUGGUUGCCCUCUGGCUAGGGUGCACUAAAAAUGUAUUAAUAUAUGAGCCGUAUGUGUAAAUAUGUUUCCCAAAGACGGGAUGUGCACAGAGUUGUUUGCUGCAGAGCACUCAUGCCUGUCUUCCAUUUGCAUCAGGAUGAAGCUACCUGGAUGUUUAAUGAGUUCAAUUUUCAAUGCCAUGCAGCAGGUUUAUAACUGAUGUUUUAGUAAUUUAUUGAACAGAAGCAGAUAUAUUUCAUGGUUCCUUCUACAGCAAUGAGCGUCACAUAGGACUGAUUGUUCAUUUAGGCUUGACAAGACUUCCUCAUCCAUUGGGGUUGUCUCUGCUGUUUUUUUUCCCUUGCUUCCUUAAUGAAGUAAAACCUCUUAGUUGUCCUGAAUUGCAAAGUAGGGAGUCAAUGUAGAAUUUUGCUCUCUUAAUCGCUGUUGCAUCAUCUCUUGUGUAAUAAAUUCUAGCACUUACAAAACCAA